CAUGACAUCCGGUUAGGCCACGGAUCUUCACUUUCUCCAAAGCCGAGACGACGAUGACCGAGACGUCGCUGCCGGCAUGGGUCACGACCAACCGCCACGUUGUCGCUUGGGACGAUGGCUUUCGCCCGUCGGGCGCGGCAGCCACCGACGCCGCGCCGGCGCCAGGCAAAAUGGUCGUGGACCAGCCCAAGUCGUCGCCGGGCCUCUUUCGCGUCGUCGAGAACGCCGUGCCCGACGCGGUCGCGGCCGCGCUGUACGAGAGCGCGGUCGCUGCCAAGGUGUGGGGCGUCUACAUCCGAACCAGCGAUGUCUUCGACCGGUCGCUCGAAGCGUACCCCGCCACCAAGGACGACCACGCGCGCCAUACGUUGGCGCUGCGCACGAUCCGCGCGUUCCUCCUCAACGCCGAGGCGAGCAUUCCGGCGGCCGACUGGGCGAACACGCACGGCGUCGUCGUAUGGGUCAUCACGUCGACGGUGAGCGACACGGUCGCCUACCACAUGGACUAUGCAGAGAUGUUUCGGUACCAGACCAACGUGACAUACCCGCCCAUGUACGGCGCGACGCUGCAUGUGAGCCGGCUCAACGAGACGCCCGAGUCGCACAUGGAGGGCGGCGCCUUUUACGCCAACACGCGCGGCCUCGACCACUACAAGGAGCAUGGCUACAAGGAGUCGUUGGCGCCACUGCCGCCAUUGGAACAGAUGACGACCGAUCCAUCCUACGUCGUUGUGCCGUACAAGUACAAGCGCGGGAUCGUCAUGGACGGCAACUUUCCUCACGGCAGCAUCCCCGUCUCAGCGCUGCCCUCGGAGACAUCCCGCGUCGUCGUCGGCUUCAACCUGUUCAAUUACGAGAUUGGGCCGCACGCGGAAGCGUACCCCGAGCACAGCGCCAAGUUCAACAAGUACGUCAAGGUGGCGCAGGCGGCCGCGGCCAAGACAGCGACGCUCUCGCUGGCGUCGAUCAAGCGCUGCCCGCGCCAAGCCGCGUUCUUGCGCUUCCUCCUCCGCAAGGCCAAGGAGAAGAACCUGAUCCAGAAUGCCACCUUUGUCGGCCAUACGAGUAGUAGCAACACGGCGACGUGAUUGCACAGGCGUCAUUGAGAUCUUAGUUGUGUCGAAAGUACUUGAGGCUGACCCAGUUGAUGUACAUGGCGAUGAAACCCGCGGGAAUCGUGAGCGGGAUGAGGUAGCAGUAAAAGUGGUCCUGGCGAAUGGUCUCC